CAAACGCUCACAGCGUCAUCUCUAAUCUCUUCCGUAUCGGUCUGCGCUUCACUAAGCUAGCUUUAGCCAUGAUUCAACCAGUGUCUUUAAAUUGAGAGUGCACGUAAUGCCAGCUCUGUCUGUCUGGUUGUCUGGUUUGACGGUUAAACUGACUGCUUUGUUACAUGUUGCUUGUUUUAAUAGUUGAAAAUUGCCACUUUCUUUUCAGAAAUUAUCCAAAGCUAGCUCACCAGUCGCAGCUAGCUGACAGCUGUUUAGCUUUGAAGAGAGUAAUUUCGAUGUGAGACAGCCACCAGGCACCAAGCUUGUAAGAACUAUAACUGAUUUCCCAGAUCGAAGGAUGUAUUCACCUUCCAGAAAGGACUUCAUCUCUCUGACACUCAGCGAUCCACACAGUCAUAACUACAACAACGGCAAACAUAGACGACAGUCCUGCUGGAGAAAAUGGAAGCAGCUGUCUCGACUUCAGCGGAGCAUCAUCCUGUUCCUAUUGGCGCUGCUGCUUAUAUUUGGACUGCUCUUAUACCCUAGCAUCGCAGAACAGUGGAGAGGGCUGUCUGUCAAAGAGGCCUGGUUCACGCCUAAUGACAUGGAAUUGAAGCCGAUUGGUCCAGAUGUGAAACCUGUAUUGGAUCUAGCUAUAGGUAGACCUCCAGUUCCUGUGCUAAGGCCAGCUGCAGGACCAGAUGUAGGCGCAGAUCCUGUACUUGAGCCCAAAGGACCCAAUAUUCCCAUUUUAGCUAAACCUCCCACUAAGCUGCAGAGUUUUGUUCAUCCACAGAAAAAAUCAUUUCCAAACAAGAGAGGACCACCAAACAUACAGAAAUAUGGAAAUGUUUCAGACACUGCUAGAGGGGGAAAGCAAGAGCAAGAGAGGGUUCAAGAUGGAGAGACUGAGGACAAAGAAAAGACGAUUGUGAGCUGGAGAGGAGCAAUCAUUGAAGCUGACCAAGCCACAGAGCCUCCCCCGUCAGUCAUUGAAAAAGAAGGCGCUGUGGUUUCAGCACUAGCCAAACCGGCUGACACUGCUCCACUGGAAGUUUCAGCUGGCACAGAGGACAGACUGGAGGCAGUACGUGAGGCAUUCAGACAUGCAUGGAAAGGCUAUAAGGACCACGCCUGGGGUCAUGAUGAGCUCAAGCCCAUUUCCAAGUCUUUUGGCGAGUGGUUUGGACUUGGACUGACACUCAUUGAUUCUCUGGACACUAUGUGGGUUAUGGGGCUGAAAGAAGAGUUUACAGAAGCAAGGGACUGGGUGGAGAAAGAGCUUUCCUUUAACAAAAAUGUGGAUGUAAAUCUGUUUGAGACAACCAUCCGUGUCCUCGGCGGUCUGUUGAGUACUUAUCACCUUACAGGAGACCAGCUCUUCCUCGACAAAGCAAAAGAUCUUGGGUCCAGGUUGAUGCCAGCCUUCAAAACUCCCUCAAAGAUCCCAUUUUCAGAUGUCAACAUUGGGAAGGGCACAGCCCACCCCCCUCGGUGGACAUCGGACAGCACACUGGCCGAAGUCACAAGCAUUCAGUUGGAGUUUAGAGAACUGAGUCGGCUCACUCAGGAAGCACAGUACCAGGAGGCUGUGAAUGAGGUAAUGAAACUGGUCCACUCACUGCCAGGCAAACAAGAUGGCCUAGUGCCCAUGUUCAUCAACACCAACAGUGGCCAGUUCACUCACAAAGGAGUGUUCACACUGGGAGCCAGGGCAGACAGCUACUAUGAAUACCUGCUUAAACAGUGGAUUCAAGGAGGCAAAACUGAAGACGUCCUGUUGGAAGACUACCUUCAGGCCAUGGAGGGAGUGAAAAAACACCUUGUGAGACAGACAGGACCCGGUAGAUUGACCUUUGUUGGAGAGUUGUCCCACAAUCGCUUCAACCCUAAGAUGGACCACCUGGUGUGUUUCUUGCCAGGAACACUGGCACUGGGGGCCCAUAAUGGCCUACCAGGGGACCACAUGGAUCUGGCAGUGCAGCUAAUGGAGACUUGUCAUGAGAUGUAUGUUCAGAUGGAGACUGGCCUGAGCCCGGAGAUUGCACACUUUAACCUGCAGGCCAGUGAUGGGCACGAUGUUGUUGUCAAGCCUGCAGACAGACACAACCUACUGAGACCAGAGACAGUAGAAAGUCUGUUCUACAUGUACAGAUUCACCAAGGACACCAAGUACAGAGACUGGGGAUGGGAAAUACUGAAGAACUUCAAUAAGUACGCAAAGGUCUCCAGCGGUGGUUAUACGUCCAUUAACAAUGUCCGUGACCCAGUGAACCCUGGGCCUCGGGACAAGAUGGAGAGUUUCUUCCUUGGUGAGACACUGAAGUACUUGUAUCUGCUCUUCUCUGAUGACACAGAGCUUCUCAGUCUGGAGAAAUUCAUCUUCAACACAGAGGCCCAUCCUCUCCCUAUAUGGCCCUCUCCACCCAAAUGAAGUUACCUAUGAAAAGAUGUGUGUAGGAUUAGACCCGCAGAGUCUCGUGUGGAUUCAAGACUGUUACUGCACAGACAUGUGCAUCUCUGAGCUACCGUCCAGACUGGACCGAUGUGCUGAGCAGCAGAUCUGUGCUGUCCACUUGUAGUUUCAUAUGGUUCCUUGUGGAAGGGUGUAUUUCUGAUCUUAUUUUCCCUUUUUAAUUUUUCCUAAGGAAAAUCUUAGUGAUAGAGCUGGUCUCUAAUAUAAAAAAAUAAACUUUGUUCUGACUAGCUGGCACAGGAAAUGCAGAACUCUUUGUACUUGGGUGACUGGGAUACCUUUUGUAUUUACUCUACAUAGUAACAACAAUCAUGUUUCUGCUAUGAGGCAUGAAAGACCGCAUUAGUUUGAUACACUCAGGUGCCAUGACUGAGGAAGGAGUCUAUCUCUUAAUUAAUCCACUGGCACAACAACUGGGGAUGGACACGAUGAAGUGCAUUCAGUUAAAUUUAUAUUUAAAUAAAUUACUCUAUUAUUGGAGUGACAACUUUUAAGUUGAUAAGACUUUCUUACUGCAUAAAAAAUUAUGGACAAGAAAAUAUUAUUUUUAAGUCCCCCUUGCGUAGUGGGCCGUUACAAUGCAGCAUCAGGGACCAGUUCUUGUGCAAGUCUUUAUUCAAGUCAAGACUUUCGCUGAAGUAUUAAGAAGUCUACGAUUAACCCAGGAGGUCCACUAUUACCUAAACAUCUUGUUGGUGCUGCUGCAACAGAGCCUGUUUUCUGUAGAUCUUGAGUGGAUAUUUUUCUUGUAGAAGCAGAGCUGGAGAACUGUGAGGUUGCGGAAAGCAUCACAGUUACAGUAAAAGGGGUGACUAAUUGCGCAUGUAUAGUACUUAUGAUUGUCCCAACUCUGUUUUAAAGGGAAAUCUGCUCAAUGUUGCUGAACUUUACUAUCCAUGUGACCAGAGAAGCUGUGGGUUUAGUUACACGCAAAAUAUUAAAAUUAUAACAUAUGUAGGGAUCCAAUAACCUGUUUUCAGUCAGGCCUGUACACACGGUUCCCCAUUGUUGUAUUGCUGAAUGUAUCCUGUUUUUUAAUUUUUUUUUUUUUUUUUUUUUUUCACAAAAUUGCACUAAUUGCGUUUACACUUUAGUUCUGUUUUCCCCCUUACUGAUUAUAUUUUCCUUAAGGCAGCAGCAGGAGUUUCUAUAAACUUAACAGGAACUAAAAUUAAACCAUCUUGGUAGGUUAUCAUCAUAUCAAGGUCAAAAUUUGUUUGUUCCAUUCUUCUCUACAAUUUGAAAGAUUUUGAGAUGUUUUGCAGUGUCCGACUCCCUCAUCUUAUCGGAGCUGUGCUGUGGAGCAGUGUGGCAAUGCAUGUUGUCUGUAGAGUAACUGACAAAUCAAUUUAAAGGACUUAUCCUGUGCAGUGUAGAUGGCUUGCAUCUGAUCAUCUGUUAUUUUAUUAUCAGCUUCAGUUCUUAAGGAAAAGAAACUCUUCCUGUUUACUUCUCUGCAGUUAGUCCAGACUGUCAUGUUCCAGUUUUACUGGAGCUUCUUUAACUGAGAGCCAUAACUUUUACCAAACCACAUUCCUGUAUGUGCCAUUGCUCUACUGUGCCUAUUGAAUAUCAGAUUGUGUUGUGUUCAUUACUUCUUAAAAAUUGCUGCUGUAUCUGUGAUGCUCAUCUGCGUGGUGCUCUGAGGGAUUUGUGGGUUUUUUUUUCUCGUGUGUGUGUGUGUGUGUGUGUGUGUGUGUGUGUGUGUGUGUGUGUGUGUGUGUGUGUGUGUGUGUGUGUGUGUGUGUGUGUGUGUGUGUGUGUGUGUGUGUGUGUGUUAGUAAUGUGUGUGUGUGUGUGUUAGUAAUGUGUGUGUGUGUGUGUUAGUAAUGUGUGUGUGUGUGUGUGUUAGUAAUGUGUGUGUGUGUGUGUGUUAGUAAUGUGUAAAUAGUUUGAAAAUUGUCCACUCAAUCCAACCUGUGAAUCUGCCUUUCUGUUUUAAAGUUUAUUAUGCAUAUUUUCCUUUGUAAUUCUUUAGAAAUAAUAAAAUGUCUAUCACCUUUUAGACAUAAGCUAUAAUAUUUUUGCCCUUCCUGCCUGUUGAACUGGUCACUAAAUACUCUAUUUGGAAUGUUUAAUUUUUUCAGUCCAAAGUUUAAACUAUUAUGUUUGUUUUACCUGUUUCUCUCUGGAAGACAUUCCACACCUGUCCUGUAUCCAUAAUCAUACACUAUAUUACCAAAGGUAUUCGCUCACCUAUCCAAAUAAUCUGAAUCGGGUGUUCCAAUCAUGGCCCUAGGCAUGCAGACUGCGAUAGGAUGCCGUAUGAAAUUUUUCUGCUCCUGAAAAUUCCACAGUCAACUGUCAGCUGUAUUAUAAAAAUGUAACUCUGAAUGCUUCAGCAUACCACGAUAUUUUGGAUAAUUCCAUGCUCCCAACUUUUUGGGAACAGUUUGGAGCUGGCCCCUUCCUCUUACAACGUGACUGUCCACCAGUGCACAAAGCAAGGUCCAUAAAGACAUGGAUGAUGAGUCCGAUGUGGAUGAACAUGAAUGGCCUGCACAGUCCUGACAUCAUCCCGACAGAACACCUUUGGGAUGAAUUAGAGCAGAGACUGAGAGUCAGGCCUUCUCAUCCUACAUCAGUGUGUGACCUCAAAAAUGUUAUUCUGGAACAAUGAUCAAAACUUCACAAAAACACACCUCUAAACCUUGUGGACUGCUUUCCCAGAAGAGUUGAAGCUACAGUAUUGAACCAUAUGGAUUAGGUAUGGGAUGCCACUUAAGUUCAUAAGCCAGUUAGGGCAGGUGAGCGAAUACACUUGGCAAAAUAUUGUAUUUAUAGUCCUUGAGGUUAGAACAAAAAAUAAUCGUCAAAGACUGAAAAUAAAAAUGCAGUGAAUUAACUUUUUCUAUAGAUCUGCUUUUCAAAUGUGUGAAAGAAUGAAACAUUUCCAUUUAGAGAUGGAAAGAAAGACCAGAAAUUACCUUUUGUUACCACAGAGAGCUUCCACAGAACAUGUUAAAAUUCAUUCUGCUCUGUCGUUUUGAAAUAGUGUCAAACAGCUGACUCCCUCACCUAAAAUUACUAUUUAAAGGAUAUCUGUGCAUGGUCUUGAAUUGGUCCUGAAUCUUUAUUAAACUGUUCAGUGUUACUGAAGAGUAGUGACGGCUACUGUGAAAAUGGAAGCAGACUACAAAACAUCAGUGGCCUCUUAAUUGCCCGCAACUCUGUGUCCAGGACCAAAGAUCUGGGAUCAAUAAUAAUUUUUUUGCUUAAUCCAUCAAAUUAAGUUACGAUAUAAAAAAUAAAUCAUUGACCCACUGUGAUGUGAUAACUCAUGAAGAUAUGCAAGGUAAGUUUGGUUAUUCAUUUUUGAGAGUAUUUACUUUUCAUGCCACACUGCUUGCAAAGUUUGUGUGUGACACCUGACUGAUUCAGCUCUUUGCUGCUCGCUUUUUGCAAUGUUCACUGACCGCAGGCUUAUAUCCUGUCAACUACAUUUUUAAAUAAAGCUUUGCCGUGAA